AUGACUGACGAUCUAGAUAGUUCCAAAGUUCAUUCUGAAAGCUGCCACAAGGCUGGGAAAUAUGCUGGCUAUGGUACCACACAUAAGAUCAGGGCUCAAUUGAACUUUAGCGAUGAGAAGAAAUGGAAAAAGUUUUCUGGCAGGAGGCUAGAGCUCAUUGACUCAUUCGGGUUGAGUCAGCAUAAAGCAAGUGAACAGGACGAUAAUAUAAAACAAAUAGCUACCAUACUAAGAAAUGAAUUCGAGUAUCCUGAGACAGUCUCAGGAGAAUUUGAGAAGUUGGUUACUGCUGCUGUUCAAUCGGUGAGAAGGAACAGAAAACGUUCCAAAAAGAAAUUACUGGACUCAAAAAAGAAGACUGCGUCAGGCAAGAUUCAAAAAAUUCCUUUGUCUCCGCCAAGUUCAAGCAAUAUGGGGUCUUCCUGUUCUGCUUCCAAUGCAUCAAGCUCUGACGAAGAUGCUAGUGUCAAAGAGGAACCCAUUUUACCUGCUCUUACUAGCACGACAUCAGUAAAAUUGCUAUCUAACCCAAACGAACGCAAUCUCCCAUCAGUGUCAAAUCAUCUCCGCUCUUUACUAAAGAAGAACACUUUGGGGUUUCACGGCUCAUCUAUACCAUGUGCGCCCAGUGAUGAUAACGCAUUACCAAAACUUCGUGUGGAGGCUCAAUCUUUAGUCCCAAACGAAAACUACGACUCUAUCGUUAAAUCAAUAAUUGUUGAUAUCGUGAAUAAUUCUGUUCCACUACCUGAGCAAAUUCAUAGAGAUAAAUUUGCUAGACCAUAUUUAACAGAAAAAACAAGCUGCCAAAACAAAGUUCUGAUAUCAAAUAGUUUAAGAAAACUUAUUCUGUCAAAGAUACAUAACUCAAAAACGUGCUUAGGUGUCUGUAAAGAUGAAAAGCUGCUGGAUUCCUUUACAAACUUAGAAACCCUGGGCGAAAAUUCACUAAGGGCUUCUAUCUCAUUUGUAGUAGAAAGCAGCUUCACACAUUUACCAUCCUCCACAAGGCAGUACCUUACUGACAGGAUUUUGUCGAUGGACUUCUUGACUAUACUAUCGCAAAGGUUGUUCGUACCCGCCACUCGCCAAUUAUUUGCCGAUUUACCGCAAAAAAAGAUCCAAGUCAGAGUGCUGAACCUCUUAUUAGGGAGUCUUGUCAAAGAUUAUGGGUUCGACACGGCCUUGGCCCCCAUAAAUGAAGUCAUAUAUCACAUGACGCUUCACCAAUACCCAUUAGUUUGUAUUCAAAAAAAUCCGAACGUUACGAAAACGAACUCAGCAUCUGAAGUACUCCGUUUACAAACUUCAUCAGAAAGUAUAGCUAAAAGAGAGCCUCAACCGAACACGCCAAACAAGUCGCAAAAGUGUACCGAUCUCACACCACCUUCAUUGGAUGCAUCAAACACAUACAACGAUGACGGAUUAAAGAUGUUGAGUGCGAUUUCAUUACAAAUCGAAAAUUCCAGACUUCCGGAACGAUUUAAUAAUGUUCCAAAACAAACAGGUGCCUCUGCACCAACCCUCCCUGCAUUUCCAUAG